AAGAGUGCCACGUGUCGAUCUUUUCAAUGCCGGCCUUCAAAGAGCCCGGACUCAGACCUGGUUUUGGAUAUUUUUUACGUAUUUAAAACGUGAUGGAGAAUAAAGUGCAUUUGGCCAUUUGCAUUUGGAUUAUUUUGACGUCGGGUGUGAUUAGAAUUGAAGCAAGAAGCAUUUCAAACAGAAAUAGUGCCAACGGCCUUGAACCCGCCAACUAUGUUGUUCUGUGGAUCAAUACAAAGAUGUCUACAAAAUACUUAUCGACACAGAGGGACUGGAUUAUCUCUUUCAUUGAUGAUAUUGCGGAUGGAAGCCUCGUCGACAUCUUCUUUUUCAACGUUUUAACUACUCAGCUCGUCCUGAGCUUCACUAAACAAGCUGGGAUCGACACAUAUUCAGAUGCUUUACUGGAGCUGAAUUUAGAAACAAUCAAUGCAAGCAAGUUUGUAUCCUCUGCGGCUAUUAAACGUACCAUAGAUAAUCAAUGGUACUCAAAAGUGUACGAUAAUGGUCUUCCUAGUAUUGCCAUUUUUCUUGUUUCGUCUGAGGCUUUACUUCAAGGUGAGCUGGAUAAAAUCUUGGUCAAGACUUUUGUUAUAACGACUAAGGAUGAAAAGCUUAUUGAUGAUAUAUGGACGUCCCAUGCUACCGACAUGGACCACUUUCUGUACAUGGACAAUAAGGAAGAGUUGUACCAGUUGUUAACAAUAGACACACAAAUGCGAUGCAAAACCGACCAGUAUUAUAACGACAAUAUGUGCAAGUCUUGCUCUGAUCUGAACUGUAAACGCACAGAAGAUGGCAGGAUUUUGUGCGAAACCAAUAGUGAUGCCACAAGAGAUUGCAUGUAUUGGAGACCAGACGUUGGAAGUGAAGAAGAUACAUCUAAACCAACAACUGAAUCAUAUAGUACUGGAGACAUAUCUACGCUCGGAACCACUGUUGGAGUGGAAGCAAUUACUAAAAUCUAUACGCGGAAUGCACACCUUGCGUUUCUCGUCUGGAUAUCCAUAGGAGCCUGUGUUGUUGCAAUAUUUGCAUUUUUGGGGACAAAAAUAUAUAACCGACUAUUGCAGAGCAGGACUAUACCACCUGUGGCUUAUGUUGCGAGGUCCUUGUUGAGUUCAAUUGGGACAAUAGGAAGUAAGAAUUCAGCUAUCAACCAGCCAACACCAGGCACUAGAAUACGCCCUCAACCUUCUGCUCCUCCGGAAGACCAAUUAUCAAUUGACCGAAGAAGUAUUACUUCCUCACCAGUCACCAGACCAUAUUCGUCUCCUUCUGAAUCUUCGGAUGGUGGGAAUGAUUGUUCUUUUCCUCGUAGACCAGGGUCGGGUGUUGCCCACACCGAUAAGGAGGCGCGCGAAAACUCGGAUCAAGAAAAUGCAGACAAUAAAGACCCUAACUGUGAGAAUGGAACUUCUGAAGAUGAGCCUUUAUUAGAAGGCCACAGGUUAAACGACAUGAGUGUAGACGGAGAUUCUUCAAUUGAUGAUUUAAAGCCUAAAAGAGAAAAAGACGUAUGGACUGACAAGCCUUUCCGUGACAUUCACAACAGUCUGUGUGUGCAGAAAAAGGGUGAAGAAACGGAAACAGGAGUCCAUGGGCAAAACACAGAAGGAUCGUCGGAUGAGACUGAUGUUAAACGUUUAGACAUGCAAAAGGGAGUAAACGAACAAAGCACUGAAGAACCGUCGGAUGAGACUGAUGUUAAACGUUUAGACAUGCAGCAAGGAGUAAAUGAACAAAACACUGAAAAAUCGUCGGUGGAGACUGUCGUUGAAUGUUCAGUUAAGCUUUCAGUAGAAGCAACUAGUUAGUUGGUUAUGUAUUUUAAAACUGUCUUUACAAAGGGUAUGUUUUAAGUGAUGAAGAAAUGUUAGGACACAGUGUAGUUAUUAAUGCCUGAUAUUUUGGUUCACUGUAAAUAUUUAUGUCAGAUAUUUGGGCACCAGUAUGCCUGAUCUACAUAUGAAAUAAAAAGGCACAUAUUGACUAAUAUCUGGAGUCUGAGUUUGAGCAAAUUUUAAUUUUGUUAAUAGCAGAAAAAAAAUGCUGUGUCUCUUAAAUAUAAUCGGUUUUAUCAGGCACACGUCUUUUGUCGAAAUUGAAAGUUAUAUCAUAAUAAUUAUUGAAACAUUUAAAAAAAUAGUUUUCUGAGCCUGGGUUUCAAAGUCAGGCGUAAAAUGUAAGUGAAUAUGGGCCAAGCCUAAAUUGAUCAGUCGCCGAAGCAAUCGUUAUCCUCAACUGAUCAGUCGCCGAAACAAUUGUUGUCGAGAUCAUUUUGUGCAAGUUUGAAUAUCAAUUAUUUAAUGUAACCAUGUGCUUUCAUUUAUUUAAAACAAUCCGUGAUCCUGUGUUUGGUCAACUAUGUGCUUGAAUGACAACUGGCGAGGUCAACUGAUUGCUUGAAUGACAACUGGCGAGGUCAACUGAUUGCUUGAAUGACAACUAGCUACUGGUCAGUUAUAUCAAGACUAAUAUUUGAUACUACGAAUCUCUCAUCCAUAACAUGUUAAGAAUCUCUUGAAAUUGUUUUGCCGCCUUAUUUUAAAUAUUGUAUUUUGUACCACAUUGGAUAUAUUGCAUAUAAUCUUUGUUUUCGUUACUUCAUUAAUUUUCAUAUAUACACGGAAACAGGUCAUGAGAGAUCAUACUGUUCAACAACAGCAGCAAUAAUAACAUUCUUAACGAUAACAAAAUUAAUUUCGUUGAGGCAAACUUGCAUAUCACACAUUAACCACUGGUCAUAGAGCAUACAGAACUUGUGAAACACAAGAAAAGGAAAGCAUAUCAAUUAAACAUAUAUAGUAAGUAAGUAAGUAAGUAAGUAAGUAAUUAUUUAUUAUAGUGACAUGUGUAUAUAUACAUCAUUACAAAUCAAUACAAAUAUAAAUAGUUUAAGCAAUUACACCCGGCCCAUCGGGCCUAUAAGUCACCUAGAUAUCACAUAUAUGAAAUACAAAUUUUCAUAAAUUAAACAUAACGAAUAUGUAUGUAAGGUUUAAAGUGAAUAUUAUACAUAUCUAUAAAGGAAAUGUUUAUAUCAUCAAAUACGUUUAUAAGUGAGUUUACAUAUUAAGGACAUUGCAUGAACAAACUUUCAACGUAAAAGAUGUAAUGUUAAUAACUAGCAAUACUUUUAAGCAAACAGUGUGGGUUUUCUCAGAGUGAAAGCACUAACAAUAUACUUGGAUAAUUGUCUCACAUAGUCCUUCAUAAGUAAAACAAGUUUGUCUAGAUCGGAGAUAUUUACAAAACUGUCACGUGAUAUGAUAUUACCAAGGUAGGUAUUUCUCAGUUCAUUAUAUACUAUAAGUGAUGAAAAUAAUAGUGAAUGUAAACAAACAUGGGAAUUAAAUAUUAAAGAUGCACUCUUACUACCAAAUGAGAUUUACCACAAUUAAUACUAUUGUUUAAAUAUUCAAAAGAAGGAUGAAUAAAUGUCGUAAACAAUGGUUCUUAUGAAGGAUACCUAGUUUAAUUUGAAAGAAAGGUGCAUAAAACAUGGUAUUUCCACCUAAUGAGACUAAUAUAGUAGACCACAGUAAAUCUUUUAGCAUUCACCUAUCAUUUAACAUUUUUGUGCUUUCUGCAAACACGUUACAAUCUUAUUAUCAGUUAUUAAUAGUUUCCAUAAAUGCAUUAUUUAGUAAGUAGUUAAAGGUUUAUCAGUCAAAAUUGAUUUUUGUUAUACAUGUGUAUGUUUUGAUUUUGAAUAAGAGUGUCACUUUAAUGAAUAGUGUGAUUUGUUAACACAAGAGGUGUAUAAGCUAUAGGGUACUUUGAAGUUUGAGUGUAUCCACACCCUACAAUAAAUAGCUAGCGUGCAGAUAAUUGACAAUGAUAGUUCAAUAUACGCAUACAUGCACCAUUGAACAGCUUUCUUGGCAACAUGGUACAAAACAGUUACUGCACAUACCACCCUAGAAAAGUAGGUUAUACACUAUCUCCGUUUUACACUUGACUAUAAGUACAAUACUUUGGUUUUGGUAACAGUAACUACUACCUUUAAAGCUACACUCUCAAAGAUAUACCAUUUUUACAACUUUUUUUAUUUUUGGUCUUGGAAAGAGCAAAUUUUUGCGUUAAUACUUGCAAACCAAUUAUAUAAGAUUGCUCACAAAAAAUCAGAUCGUAGAUUUUCAUAUUACCGUUCAAAAAUUAAUGUUUUAUGGCUUAAAAAACAUCAAUCUUUGAACUUAUAUAUUAGAAUCUGCGAUCUAAUUUUUUGUCAGCAGUCUUAUAUUACUGGUUUCCAUGGAUUUUCGCAAAAAUGGCUCGUUCCAAGACAAAAUAUAAAAAAAAAUUGUCAAAACGUUCAAACUGUGAGAGUGCACGAUCAAAGAUAAACAUGAAAGUAUAUCCACUAUAUGGAUUGCGUAGUUAUUUAUCGCUUUUAUCGCGUAAAAAGGUUGUCAAAACGUUCAUUCUGUGAGAGUGCAGCUUUAACAUGAAACAUAAACUACAUUAUUGUUGUCUUCAGGAUUUUUUGCACUUAUUCAAGAGACACACCAGAGUUGCCAAAAACAUAGAAAUAUUUUGUGAACAAUGUUUUACAAUGUGCAGUUUUUUGCUAGCAUCAUAUAGCGUGUGAUUUUUACAAUGAAAUGUAUAUAGCAGGUAUCCCAAAAUGUUAUUUCUUCCGUUGUUUAUAUCUGUUGUUGAAAAUGUGCUAUUCUUUACCUUUAUCUUUAACUGUUCUUAAAUAAACUCUCUUUUCCUA